UGACGUCAGGCGGAGCAGCAGCUUCUCCUUUUAAAGCCGCCGGUCGGACAGACAGAAGACAGACAGACAGGCAGGCAGCCCCUUAAAUACCUCGCAGCGCCUCUAACGGGACAUUUGACAGUUGAGAGCCCUGAGACGCGUUCACGUUCCUCUGGACAUCUGCCCCCUCUCUCUCUCGCUCUCCCCUCCGAUGGAGCUCGCGCUCCCCCGCAGACUGCCGCUCCUCCAGGACUGAGCGCCGCGCCGCUCGGUGUUCUCCGUUGGUUCCGGUGGUAUCGGUGGUUCCGGUAGUUCCGGUGUCCUCGUGCCUCGUCGUUCUCAUGCGAUUCUUCAGACUCACAUUCAAGUGCUUCGUGGACUGUUUUUGAAGGUCGCCGCUCGCGCGCUGGUUUCAACUCUCUUUUUUUAAUAUUCUCGACCUUUUUUAAUUUCGUCUUUGAACGCACCGUGUCUCUCACUGGGCUCGAGGACAGGAAUGUCUCCUGAUUACUACUAGACAUUCAGUUAGUGCACGUUGACCCGGAGGAGCGGGACCGGACCCUUUGUUCGUGUCCGUGGGGGCAGACCAGUAGGACCAGAGCGGACCGACUGGGAGGAGAAAGCACCUUAAAAAGGUCCAAACAGAGCAUUGAAAGGGAACUCGUUGUGAACCAGCGCGGACUGGUUCUACUGGUCCUCUACUGGUCCUCUACUGGUUCUACUGGUCCUCUGCUGGUCCUCUGCUGAUAGGUGGACUGGGGAGAACCCCCUACAGGGUUGAGAGGGAACCUCAGAGACCAGAUUAGAACAAGUGACUGGUGGAGACAGGUGUCCAACGAGAACCCAUCCGGACCGGAAGGGAACCCCGACUGGUUCUGAACCGGUUUCCGACCGGUGAUGGAGAAGCAGACUCUGCCGUCCUCCUGCUCUCUGGUCCUCCUGGAGGAGACGAAGAAGAACCCCCUCCUUCUGUCCAAUGGGGGAGGGGCUUACACCCCCGCGGCCUCUAACGGCAGCCUGGUCCCGCUGGCCCCGGGAUCCGGUCCCGAGGGGGCGGCCGGAGCCUGCGGCGGACCCGACAGGAAAGCGGUACCGGCGCCGGGCCCCGGGUACCCGGAGCGCGAGACGUGGACGCGGCAGAUGGACUUCAUGAUGUCCUGCGUAGGCUUCGCGGUGGGCCUCGGGAACGUGUGGCGGUUCCCGUACUUGUGCUACAAGAACGGCGGAGGUGUCUUCCUGAUACCGUACCUGCUGAUCGUGUUUGUGGGCGGGAUCCCGAUCUUCUUCCUGGAGAUCGCUCUGGGUCAGUUCAUGAAGGCCGGCAGCAUCAAUGUGUGGAACAUCGCCCCCUUAUUUAAAGGUCUGGGUUAUUCCUCCAUGGUGAUUGUGUUUUUCUGCAACACUUACUACAUCAUGGUGUUGGCCUGGGCCUUCUACUACUUGAUCAAGUCCUUUAACUCCACCCUCCCCUGGUCCACCUGCGACAACGAAUGGAACACGCCCAGCUGCAUCGAGAUCUUCCGUCGCCAGGACUGCAUCAACGGCAGCUUGGCCAACGUGACCAUCAGCGGCAACUUGACCUGCGCCGAGAUGGCGGACGCCCAGUCGCCCAUCAUCGAGUUCUGGGAGAGGAAGGUGCUGAACAUUUCCUCCGGUCUGGGCGAUACGGGGGAUUUCAACUGGGAGAUGGCGUUGUGUCUGGUCGCCGUCUGGGUGAUGGUUUACUUCUGCGUCUGGAAGGGAGUCAAGUCCACCGGGAAGAUUGUGUACUUCACGGCCACCUUCCCCUACGUGGUCCUGGUCAUCCUGCUGGUCAGAGGGGUCACGCUCCCCGGGGCCUACGACGGCAUCAUGUACUUCAUCAAACCCGACUGGUCCAAACUGGGCGAGGCUCAGGUGUGGAUCGAUGCCGGCACUCAGAUCUUCUUCUCGUACGCCAUCGGGCUCGGAGCGCUGACGGCUCUGGGGAGCUACAACCGCUUCAACAACGACUGCUACAAAGACGCCUUCGUCUUGGCUCUGAUCAACAGCGGCACCAGUUUCUUUGCGGGCUUCGUGGUGUUCUCCAUCCUGGGCUUCAUGGCGGCCGAGCAGGGAGUCCACAUCUCGCAGGUCGCCGAGUCGGGUCCCGGUCUGGCCUUCAUCGCGUACCCGAAGGCCGUCAGCCUGAUGCCGGUGGCUCCUCUGUGGGCCGCGCUCUUCUUCUUCAUGCUGCUGCUGCUGGGCCUCGACAGCCAGUUUGUGGGGGUGGAGGGCUUCGUCACGGGGAUCCUGGACGUGUUUCCUGGGAAGCAGCACUACCGCUACAGGAGGGAGGUCACUGUGGCCAUCUGCUGCUUGCUGUGCUUCAUCAUCGACCUCUCCAUGGUCACGCAGGGUGGGAUGUACGUGUUCCAGCUGUUCGACUACUACUCGGCCAGCGGGAUGACGCUGCUGUGGCAAGCCUUCUGGGAGUGUAUCGUAGUGGCCUGGGUCUACGGUGCUGACCGCUUCAUGGACGACGUGGCUCGUAUGAUUGGCUACCGGCCGUUCCCCUGGAUGAAGUGGUGCUGGUCCUUCAUCACGCCGUGUGUCUGCAUGGGCAUCUUCCUGUUCCACCUGGUGAACUACAAGCCGCUGACCUACAACAACGUGUACGUGUACCCGUGGUGGGGCGAGGUCAUCGGCUGGUGCAUGGCGCUGUCCUCCAUGCUCUGCAUCCCCGUCAGCCUCCUCUACAAGCUGGUCAGGGCCAAGGGCUCCUUCAAGGAGCGCUGGGCCCACCUGACCACCCCGGUGUGGGGGGCCCACCACUUGGAGUACAUGUCCACCGACAUCAAGUCCCUGAGCUCUCUGUCCACGGCCGCCGACGACAGCAAGGUCGUCAUCUCCGAGAGCGUCAUGUAGGCGGGGCCUCCGCCCGGCACCGAGCCCUGCGAUUGGCCGCUUCCGGUCCUCCCCGGGAACACCGUCGUGUUUCAGACCCCGAGAAGAAGAGACUCUGCCGCUCCUCCGGGAGCUUUUCUCUCCUGUGAAGGUUCCACUGCAGACUCAUGUCAAUAUUAUUCUCUUUGAAGAUUUCAAGGAUCAAAUGCUUCAUUCUUUUCCCACAAAAUGUCGAACGCUGGAAGAGCUAAAGAAGGAGGAGCUAAAGGAGGAGGAGCUUAAAACAAAGAAGAAACACUGCUGAACGUCGGGCUUCCUCCAUGUUGGAUGAAGAGAAUCAAUGCAAUCUAGUCUUUGUGUCACACACACACACACACACACACACAUACUAUUAAACAUCAAACCACAAUGAAUCGGUGCGUUGAAACGUGUGUGUGUGUGUGUGCGAUGGCUCUAUUCAGACACAGUUGUAGACAGACAGACUGUCUGACCCCAGAAAACUCCCAGAUUUCUCUCUGCUUCUCAGUUCUUCUGUCACAUGCCGCCAUGUUGUUGUUUUACAGCGACCCGGUCCAGGUUAAGUCCAGAGACCCGGUCCCUGUUUUACUGAUCAAUUCUAUUGAUCGUUGAAUAGCUGAUGAUCAUUACAAAUUCUGAAUGAAACAUUAUUAUUCGCGCAAACAGCUGCUGCUCUGAUCCCCGCUGGCUCUGACCUUUGACCUCUCGUGUUCACGGGUCCCGCUCCUCGGGCGGCCGAUAACCCGUUCCCUCUUCUGCUUCUUCCUCCUCUUCUUCAGCGCUUAGCUCCUCCCACCGAACGUCGAUCAUUGUAAAAUAAUAAAAGUUUAUUUGCAGGUUUGUUUGACUCAAACAGGACAAAGAUGAUCAAUGUCAGAUAUUUAAAUAGAAUUAAUAAAAAAUGGAAUUCAUAUUAUUUUAAGGAAUUCAUUCAAUCCUGAUUGGAAAUGUUUAUUUAAGCAAUAAUGUGCUGGAGGCAGGACUGUAUGGUCAACAGGACAUUACUGACCAUACAGUCCUGCCUCCAGCACAUUAUUGCUUUUAUAAUACGGUUGUGUGCAACAUGAUGAAUAGUAAAUAGUCAUAACAUAGUUGUCGCCAGCAAACAUCGAGAGAAAAUAGGCCCUGUGUGUUUGUCUGUUGCAUAGAUAGUGGUCACCCUUUACAUCGUAAGUGCUGACCCCUAGUGGUCACACUACAUCGUAAGUGCUGACCCCUAGUGGUCACACUACAUCGUAAGUGCUGACCCCUAGUGGUCACACUACAUCGUAACUGCUGACCCCUAGUGGUCACCCUUUGCAUCGUAACUGCUGACCCCUAGUGGUCACCCUUUGCAUCAUAACUGCUGACCCCUAGUGGUCACCCUUUACAUCGUAACUGCUGACCCCUCGUGGUCACCCUUUGCAUCGUAACUGCUGACCCUAGUGGUCACACUACAUCGUAAGUGCUGACCCCUAGUGGUCACACUACAUCGUAACUGCUGACCCCUAGUGGUCACCCUUUGCAUCGUAACUGCUGACCCCUAGUGGUCACCCUUUGCAUCAUAACUGCUGACCCCUAGUGGUCACACUUUACAUCGUAACUGCUGACCCCUCGUGGUCACCCUUUGCAUCGUAACUGCUGACCCUAGUGGUCACACUACAUCGUAAGUGCUGACCCCUAGUGGUCACCCUUUACAUCGUAACUGCUGACCCCUAGUGGUCACACUUUACAUCGUAACUGCUGACCCCUCGUGGUCACCCUUUGCAUCGUAACUGCUGACCCCUAGUGGUCACACUACAUCGUAACUGCUGACCCCUAGUGGUCACACUUUACAUCGUAACUGUUGACCCCUAGUGGUCACCCUUUGCAUUGUAACUGCUGACCCCUAGUGGUCACCCUUUACAUUGUAACUGCUGACCCCUAGUGGUCACCCUUUACAUUGUAACUGCUGACCCCUAGUGGUCACACUUUACAUCGUAACUGCUGACCCCUAGUGGUCACCCUUUACAUUGUAACUGCUGACCCCUAGUGGUCACCCUUUACAUUGUAACUGUUGACCCCUAGUGGUCACACUUUACAUCGUAACUGCUGACCCCUCGUGGUCACCCUUUGCAUCGUAACUGCUGACCCCUAGUGGUCACCCUUUACAUUGUAACUGCUGACCCCUAGUGGUCACCCUUUACAUCGUAACUGCUGACCCCUAGUGGUCACACUUUACAUUGCGCACACUGCCAUAGAAAUCCCACCGCAGUAUUUCAUUCAUAGCGUCUCUGGUUCGGGUCUUCAGUUCUACUGGUUCUGGUCUUCAGGUCUACUGGUUUCUCUUCACUAGUUGGUGAAGCAGUUCAUUGCCCACUUUGUUUUUUUCGUUGAGCAACAUUUCACAAGUCUCCCUUUCUUCUCUCGGGUAGCAUGACGUCCACCUGAAGGAUCCUCUCGGCUAACCACUCAUCUAAAGUCCCCCAAAAUAUAUCAAAGUUUACAGGAACAUGUUUGUAACUGUAGAGCUGAGAUGACUAACGGUCGCGCAAAAUCUAAGUAUUCUUAUUUUGAGUUUCACUGAUGUGGAACGCUCAGAUAAAUGUAAAGAGCUGUCGGACGUUAUGGCUGAAUAACGUACACCUCGUGACUUACUCUCAGCCAAUCAGAAUACUUGAUUUCAUCUACCCGUAUUAUCAUAAGUCUUAAUAUAAAAACAACACAGAUACUAUAUUAUUGUAUAAUAUAAGUAAUACAAAUAAUAAUACUCCAAUUAAAUAUUAUAAUACAAAUUAUUAUUAUAUAAUAAUAUAAUUAAAUAUAUUACAAAUUAUUAUAACAAAUGUAUAAAUGCCAUGGUGUGAAGAAAUGAGAGCCGGAGGACUCAGCCGAGCGUUGCCUUACGACGUUAACGUCGUUGUCUUAACGAAGUUAACGUCGUUGUCUUAAUGACGUUAAUGUUGUUGUUUUAACGUCGUUGUUUUAAUAACGUUGUUUUAACAUUGUUGUCUCAGUCGUUGUCUCAACGUUGUUAACGUCGUUCUGUUCACGUCGUUUUAACGUCGUUGUCUUAAAGUCCUUAGUGUCGUUGUAUUAAUGUUGUUAAUGUCCUUAACGUCGUUAACGUCGUUGUCUCCACGUCGUUUUCUUAACGUCGUUAACGUCGUUGUCUCAACGUCGUUUUCUUAACGCCGUUAUCUCAACGUCGUUUUCUUAACGUCAUUUUCUUAACGUCGUUGUCUCAACGUCGUCGUCUUAACGUCGUUAACGUCGUCGUCUCAACGUCGUUUUCUUAACGUCGUUAACGUUGUUGUCUUAACGUCGUGAAUGUCGUCUUAACGUCGUUAACGUCGUUUUCUUAACGUCGUUAACAUCGUUGUCUUAACGUCGUUAACGUUGUUGUCUUAACAUCGUUGUCUUAACGUCAUUGUCUUAACGUCGUUAACAUCGUUGUCUUAAUGUCGUUAACAUCGUUGUCUUAACGUCCUGGUUGACAAUCAACUAAUCAGCAGUCUGUGGGGCCUGUCUACAACUCUGUCUCCUAGCAACCAUCCACCUGUCACAGGGGGGGCAGAAGGGAAAGAACAACAUAUAUUUUCACAUUGCUCGAUAGUGUACGACAGCGUUGCUUUAAAAAAAUAAGACAAAAAAGUUGUGUUUUGUUUUACAUAUUGUAAAAUGAAUCAGAGAUUUAUUUUAUGGAGGCUCUUAUUUUGUUGCGUAUGAACAGAUCUAUAUAUAUAUAUUGAUUAUCUAUAUUUGAUGCCGUAUGUGAUUGUGAUGAUUUCUGGCCGAGUGUUCACGUCUCAGCCGGCCGAGUGGCUCCAGCUUCAGGCUACCUCACUUCAGACUUUCAAAAUAAACUUUCUUCAGCUUUUUAUGCAAAUGUUUCGGCGGCGGGGCAGCAGGAGAGGAUUCUGGGAAGUUUUUCUGGAAGCAUUUCCCUCCUUGCCUGCUUCUCGUUGCAGAUUUAAAGGUUCCGCAACACCGACGACUUUUAGAUUCUCAAAAUGUGACACAUGAACAUUUAUAAAGUUUCACUCCAGUAACAAAAAAACUCAAACGUGUGUAAUUAAUUAAAAGUAUUAUAUUUGCCGUGUUUAUAUCGUGUCGGUGCUGCGAGGCCUUUAAACGCCGUCCGACCCGCUCACGUGAACAAGCGGCGGGGAGCGGGGCUUUUAUAUUGGCGGGUUUUGCUUCGAUGCAGUAAUGUUGGGCUUUUGUGUGUGUCUCUGAACGCACCACGAAAGGGAAUCUUUAAUUUUUCUUCACAUUUUUAUUUAUUUAAAAUUUUCAAAGUGCUCAAGAGUUUUAGUUUUGAAGGAUUUAUUUUUCUCCGUUUCCCCCAUCACAUUAUUAUUAUUAUUUAUUUUUUUCAGAGCAGAACAAAACAUUUAAUCAGCUAAUUUCAUAGAAUUAAACUUCACGACAUGUCAGCUGGUGAAAUCAAAAGGUUUAAUAUAAAUAAGUUGUUUGUUCGGACAGAACAACAAUAAUAAUAAUACAGCUGCUCAGUAAAACUACAUAUCCCAGAAGUCAGUGGGAGCUUCACAGUUAUCGUCUUUUAGUCUGAACAAAAUAUAUAAAAUAUGAAUUUUCUGUUGGUCGACUGAAAACAUCAGAAGAGAAAAAUGAAAUCAAUUUAAAAUGUGAAUUAAGCGUUUAAACAUUAAACUAAUGAAACUAUUGCAGCUCUACAGCUGAGCGAGGAUUUAAAGUGACAGAUCAUAAAACUAAUACGAUUAUUGAUAAGUUCCACUGAUAAUUAAUUCAUUAAUAUUUCACGAAUCAAACUAACAGGCAGAAUUUUAUAGAAACUUUAACUCUAAUUGACAUGAGUCUUUUAUUUUGAAAGGUCUCAUCUCUGGAGCCUGGUGGGUCAGAAACGGAAAAUAUUUGAAAAGAAAUAAGACAAAAGAAAAUAUAUGUGUAAAUAUAAAUAUAUGUAUUUAUAUUUACAUAUAUUAAAAAAAUAAAAUGUGAUAUUUCGUGUCAUUUUGUCUUUGUUCUCUUCUGCCAAAAAAAGUUUUAAAAACUUGGUUGCGACAGAAUCUUAAAACCGUAAACUUGACAGGAAGUCACUUUUAAUUAAGAAAAUAAAAGGCAAAUUGUUCUUACCAGAGACUGAUACAUAUUAUAUAGUUAAUACAUCCAUCAAUAUAUAAUUAUUAUAUAAAUAUAUAUCUAUAUAUAUUAUAUAAAUAGAUAUAUAUUAUAUAGAUAAAUACUUAUAUAAUAUAUACUGUGUAUAUAUUAUAUAUAUACAUAAUACAUAUAUUAUGAAUGUAUAUAAUAUAUAGACAUAUCCUGUUUAAUUGCUCAAUAAUCAGCCAAUAACUUCAUUUUGCACAAAUAACCUUCAAAAAUGUUUAUAUUUAUUUGUAAAGAAAGAUUUUGUCUUUAGGUUACAUAAAUAAAUACAAACAUAAAUGAUAAAAGGAUUGAGUGUUUCUCUCCAAAAGCGUUAAAGACACAAUCAUUUAUUACCAAAUACAAAAAUUACAAAUUGAACUUUGGUGACGUCAAACUUUUCCUCAACUAGUUUUCUUGAAACCUCUGCAUCCGCACUUCAACCUUUAUUUCAGCGUUGUUUAUUAUUGUUGUUUUUAGAUACUUUUUGAAAAAUAGUGCCACUGAUUUUAUAGCCAAAAACAUCACCAAAGUGUUUUGAAACCUCCAAAAGUAAAAAUAAACAAUUACGGAAGAGUUUAUUUGUUUUCGACUCAACGGGCAGUUGUUUUUAUAGCAAUGUCGCUGGUGCUCCGGAAAAACCCCCCGUUUCUGACCUUGAGGUCGGACCAGUCGACCCAGGGGGGGGGGGGGGGGGGGCGCUCUCCUCCUGGCGGGAACUCCAUCCGUGUUUGAGCUGGAAACUCCACGUCAGGAAACGAGUCCCUGAAGGUCUCGUUUCACUGAAACUAAAAACACAGAAGUCACGGAAGAAGUAAACUGUCACUCACUCAUGUUGUACUCACCAUUUACCUCCAGCAAAGCAUCAUGGGAGAGUCCUCAGAGAGAGAAGGGAUUUAUUUGUCUGAAACUCGGUGACGCCGUUGGUGUUGUGAUGUGUGACUUCCUGUCUUCCAUCCAGAGCCGUAGACUAGGCGAUCGAUUAGAGCCGAUCGGUAGAUUGAUCCAUUAGUCGCUGUGUACUAACGACACUCGGGGCUCCGCGGCAACGAGCCACCAGCCAAAACAAGGAAAUACAAACUGUCCGACGUAGUCGAUGUCAGUUAACUCUGAGCCCUGAUGAUGUCACUGUUUCAUGACCUUUGACCCCUGUGAGGGUCUCCAUGCUGUCGUCACUGUGCUCGUCUACAACGCAAUAAAACUAAUUCAUGACAGCU